AUGGCAAUUCCGAUCAAAAGCGCAAGCGACUGGCAUGAGUUUUCCGAGGAAAUCAAUGAUGUGAUGCUGAAUUUCAGGAUGUGGCGUUAUUCAGUGCUAUGCUUUCACGCACUUUUACUUGCAGUGCUCAUCACAUUGUGCGUAGCUAAACGGGAUCCUCAAUUACCCGCCAGUUUUUGGGCACAAUUUACACAGCCACGCAUUGCACGUCGUUAUAUUAAUGAUGACAACAUGUAUCGGAAUGUAAUGAAUUAUCAGCAGCGCAUGGAUGAACUCGAUGGUACGCUAGGUCUACAGCGAUACUACCAGAACUACGUUCACUAG